CAAAACCUUAUUGCUGUUCCCUGGUAAAUCGCCAGAGAGAGAGAGAGAGAAAAAAAGGGGUCACCGGCCCAACUUACAGCGCUCUCCUGCUAGCGCCUCUGCCUCCUCCGGCGGUUAGUGGCGGUGGCAGAAGCAGCAGCCGCCGCCUCCUCCUCCACCCGCCGGAAUCUCCCGCCAUCAGCUCAGCCAUGGCGUCCACCGCUUGCUCCACUUCCAGCUCCCUCAUUGUUGUCAGAGCUCUUCCCCUGUUUCUGCUUCUUUCAGAGGCAUUUCUUCAAACACAUGGCGCGGGUAUGGGAAUCAACUACGGCCAGAUCGCUAACAACCUUCCAUCCCCAUCCCGUGUCGUUGGCCUCCUCCAAUCGCUCAACGUCAGCAGGGUGAAGCUCUACGACGCCGAUCCGAACGUGCUGCUCGCCUUCGCCAACACGAACGUGGAGUUCAUCAUCGGCCUCGGGAACGAAUACAUUCAGAGCGUGCCCGACGCUGCCAAAGCUCAGGCCUGGAUCGAAACCCACGUGAAGCCGUACAUUGGGCGGACCAAAAUCACCUGCAUCACAGUUGGUAACGAGGUGGACAACAGCAACGACACUCAACUGCUCAACAAUCUCGUCCCAGCAAUGCAAUCAGUCUACAAAGCUCUCGUGAACCUCGGGCUAGACAAGCAAGUCACGAUCACAACUGCGCAUUCUCUCAACAUCUUAGCCACUUCUUACCCACCUUCUGCUGGAAGCUUUAGGCCAGAUCUAGCUGAAGUUAUUCAACCUUUGCUGAGUUUCCACUCACAGACUGGCUACCCUUUUCUCAUAAAUGCGUACCCUUUCUUUGCUUACAAGGGUAGCCCUGAUGAGGUGUCUCUAGACUACGCCCUUUUCGGGUCGAAUAACACAGGGAUGACUGAUCCUAUCACCAACUUGUACUAUGAUAACAUGUUGUAUGCUCAAGUGGAUGCGGUCUACAGUGCGAUUAAGGCGAUGGGGCAUACGAACAUCGAGGUUAAAGUAUCGGAGACUGGAUGGCCGUCGAAAGGCGAUGCUGAUGAAGUUGGAGCUACGCCGCAGAAUGCUGGGUUGUACAAUGGCAAUUUGUUUAAGAGAGUACAGGCUAGGCAGGGCACCCCGGCUAAGCCAUCGGUGCCGAUUGAUGUGCAUGUUUUUGCAUUGUUCAAUGAGAAUUUAAAGCCUGGCCCUACUUCUGAGAGGAACUAUGGCCUCUUUUAUCCAGAUGGGUCGCCGGUUUAUAACAUGGGCUUCCAUGCUUACCUUCCUGAAGGCACUGACAUUGCUUAUACUUCUGCAUCAGGGAGUGAUGGUUCUCCAUUUUUCAGUCUGAUAGUAUUUUUGGCGGCCUAUUUAAUGUGUUUAUGAGAGCACUUUUUUGCACACAAAGAAGGGGGAGAGGUCAGAAAACACUUGAAGAUCAGUAAAACUAAAGUCCACACUACCAGAGGUGAAGUCGGUUGAGGUGAGAUUUCAGUCGCAACCUUACAGUCUCUUAAGAAUCUGAAAGUAUGUAACUUUUCCACUUUGAUAGUGUCAGUGCAUUCAUCUCAAAAUGUGCUUCUUUUUCCUGAAAUCAUAUUCCUUUGGGCUUUACCAAGUUUCUUCCCAAGCCGUUCAAAACCUAGAUGACAGACCUAGAUACCUGUUUAAGACCUCAUUAGUCCUUUGUUUUGUAAUCUUAUGGACAUGUUAUACUGUUGAACCUAUAUUCAUAAGGAACCUGUCGCACCUAAAUUUCACCAGUCUAAUUCCAGGAAAGGGCAGCUUGGGAGUUGGUUUGUCUUUCAGUUAUUUUAAGUUUUAACCACAAGAUAUGGUUCCUGAUAGGGUCUCCAUCUCUUUCCUUAUCGCCAACUAGCAAUCAUGCAUGUCAAACUGUAGAAAAUUCUAUUCUGUCUUCGGCUUCACAAAAGUCCAAGUUAGUACCCAUCACCCUUGCAAGAAAAGCAGCCGCUUUUAGCCACCCUUUUUCUCACCCCCAACAUAUCACUUUCCAUACAUUUCUUUACAGAAUACUGGAAGUCUCCAAAUUUGAUUCUCUCGUCUUUUCUUUUGUCUACAUGAUACAUGAGCUACUAAACAUCACUUUCAAGUUUCAGGGUUAGUUCUUCUGGCACAAUCUCAUGUUAAACUAGCAAAAUUAGAGAGAUUAAUCCUGUAUACAAAAAUCAUAGGCCAGCUUGUCACCUGACCUACUGCAUGUUUCUUUGCAUAUGGUAUUACCUGACUUUGUUGACUUUCAAGACUCCUUUUGUUUCUUUGCUUAAAUAGUAAACACCCACUUUCUUAUUUUUUUCUCAUGCAUCAUGAUAUGAUAGGUUUGGUGGGUUUGAACCGAUAGGAUAUAUAGUAUCUGGUUAUCCACCACCAAAAACCAUGUUUAAGAUAUUUUCUUGUUGCUCUCAUUAUAGAUGUCCAGAAAACGUGUGUAACAUCAAUUUGAUGCUCUUGAACGAUUAUGUAUUGAGGGACUACUGGUGCCUUUCAACAUCAUUGUCCAUCUUCACCCUUGAUUUUAACAUUUCCAAAUGCACCAUCCUUGCUUAAAUCACAUGUGUAGAAAGAUAAAAUUGACAGAUAAUAAUAUGGUCCCCCAGAAAGCUUUUCACCAUUCUUCCCUCUCGAAAAGUGACUGCUCAUCCACUCUACAGCAUCUCACUGUCCUGCAACUUUCUCUGAGUUGGCAUAAUCUUUUGGUUUUCCAGCUUUAUAAGUUGUGGUUUAGGCAUGAACCCUGCUUAGUUCUAUGCAACUGCGUUGUGGUGCUAUCGCACCUUUGAUAGUGUUGGGGUGCUAUUUACAAAAGAAAUUACACCGUGUUCAAUCUAACAGUUUGGAAUGUGUAGGAAGACAAUCCCAAACGGGGCAGUGCAGUAGCCAUAUUUGGGUUUAUGAAUGAGUGGUCUAACCUGGGGUUUCUGCUGUUUCUCUUUGCUUUUAUUGCAGUGAGGAGGAGGAAUUGGAAUGGAAAGACAUGGAAGUUUGAGCUUUCUUCAUUUAGUUACAGUUAUGGUUUACAGAUAGACCAAAGAUACACCGGAUGUUGUACAAAAAAGGCAAUAGAGUUCAAUAAAACGUAGACACUGCCAGAAAACACUAACAUACUAGGAAGUUUUGAUCUUUCUUCUUUUUGCACUAUUUACUGAUAGUUUCUUUUGGUUUGACUUAUAGAAGAGAAGAGUUAUAGAAGAUUUGAGGCCAUAGUUGGUUGGGGAAACUGGAAGUAUUGUCCUUUUUCUUUAUAUGUUUGGUUUUGUUGAUCGAUUAAUGAAGGGAUUUCAUUAGG